AUGUCCGAAAGAUUGCCUCACGAUUUGAACUGCUUGACCAUCUCCGAGCUGCAGAAGCAUGCUGCGGUUAUGAUGGACAAGCAGACUCGUGAUUACUAUAACGAGGGUUCUGAUUCUGGCAGCACACUUCAAGAGAACUUGGACGCUUAUGCCAAAUAUCGCAUUCGACCCAGAGUCCUGCGAGAUGUAUCAAAAAUUGAUACCAGCGUAAACAUCUUUGGACAUAAGAAUGCCAUCCCGUUGGGAGUGGCACCGACAGCGAUGCAAAGGCUUGCUCACUCCGACGGAGAGUUGGCAACGGCAAGAGCCUGCAAAAAGAUGGGCAUUGCGAUGGGACUUUCUUCUUUUGCGACCACCACACUAGAAGAUGUUGCCGAAGCGAAUGGCGAAAACCCGCACGUGCUACAAUUGUACCUCUUUGAGGAGCGCGACCAUAGUGUCAAGCUGCUGAAGAGAGCAAAGGAAGCCGGCUACAAGGCCGUGUUCCUCACUGUCGACACACCUAUCCUGGGCCGCCGCAAUCUCGAGAUUAGAAAUCAGUUCAAGUUGCCAGCGCAUCUCAAGAUCCCCAACUUCGAGGAACAAGGAGACAAGAAGCCAGAGGCUGAGGCCGAACAGAGAGGCCAAGGCAAGACUCGAAGAGGCAGCGAAGCUGGAUAUACCGACAGUGAGGGCAAGAGAGUGGUACCGACUGGACCCAUCACAUUCCACUCGCACGCAGCAAACCCAACACUUUCCUGGGAGCGGGAUAUCGAGUGGUUAAAGAAGGAGUGUGGCAACGAGAUGCAGGUUUGGGUCAAGGGUAUCGCUACUGCAGAGGAUGCUUUGCUGGCAGUCCAUCACGGCGUUGAUGGUAUCGUUGUGUCCAACCACGGCGGACGACAGCUGAACGGCGCAUUGGCAACGCUGGACGCACUUCCCGAAGUAGUGGCAGCAGUACAGGGCAAGAUUCCCGUACAUGUCGACGGUGGUAUUCGACACGGCACAGACGUCUUCAAGGCAUUGGCACUCGGAGCCGACUUUGUCUGGAUCGGCAGACCAGUGCUUUGGGGACUGGCAUACAAGGGACAGGAAGGAGUUGAGCUGUGUUUGCGCCUGCUCUCGGACGAAAUCAGGCUUGCCAUGGGUCUCGCUGGUGUUACAAAGGUCGACGAGAUCUCGAAGGAGUAUUUGGUCAAGAUUGACAAGAGUGGAUUUGUUGCAAGACUGUAG